UCAGUUGUGCGAAUAAAAUAAAGUGAUCUAGUACAUUAAAAAUAAUAAAAAAGUGUUAUUAAAACUAACAAUUCUAAAAAUAAUAAUAUAAUAAUAUUUAUUAAUAACAGACCUGUUUGUUUUUAAAAAAAAUGGCGAAGAAAACAUAUGAUUUACUGUUUAAAUUAUUGUUAAUCGGUGACUCUGGUGUUGGAAAAACGUGUAUACUUUUCAGAUUCUCCGACGACGCCUUUACAACCACUUUUAUAUCCACAAUAGGUAUAGAUUUUAAAAUAAAAACUGUAGAAUUACGAGGGAAAAAAAUCAAAUUACAAAUAUGGGACACAGCGGGCCAAGAAAGAUUUCACACAAUCACCACAUCGUAUUACAGAGGAGCAAUGGGCAUUAUGCUGGUCUACGAUAUAACAAAUGAGAAAAGUUUUGAAAACAUAGUCAAAUGGUUACGCAAUAUAGAUGAACAUGCGAACGAAGAUGUGGAAAAAAUGAUCUUGGGAAACAAAAGUGAUAUGGACGAUAAAAGGGUAGUGUCGAGGGAACGUGGAGAGGCGAUAGCACGAGAGCACGGCAUAAGAUUCAUGGAAACAUCUGCAAAAGCCAAUAUAAAUAUCGAAAAAGCCUUCAACGAUCUGGCAGAAGCAAUCCUGGACAAAACGGCAGGAAAGGAUCCAUCGGAGCACCCUGACAGGGUCAUGGUGGAACGCAGGGACAACAGGGGCUCGAGGAAUGGAUGUUGUUCAUAAAAUCAAUAAACAAUCAAGUAAUCUUCGAUAUAAGUGAAUAAUGAAUUGAUAAAUUGAUAUCGUCAAACACAAUAGUAAUUAAUCAUUG